AUGUACUCUCAAUCGUCUUCCUCUUCUUCUUCUUCUUCCGGCAAUCCCGCUUACUAUUAUGAAUACUCGCCUUCGACCGGAACGCUGGUGUACGAUCAAAGCCUCGAUGCUCAGGCUUACGCUAAAUCCGAGACUCCUUCGAUGUAUCAGAAUCUCUCGAUGCAGCCGGAUAAUUCUUCUUCGAGCUCAGAGAACACUUUCGUGACGGGCGGCACGCAGCACUACUUCCCACACUCGAAUCGCCAAUUUACCGGUUAUCCGGUCUUGAUGCAGAACGGCCAAAUGCCAAUGGAAUCGGUAGUUGAGCAGCAGCAGGAGUACAAACCGUUCGUGACUCAGAACAUGGUCCAUUACGAUCCUACCGUCUACGAUUUUGGGGUUAACAAUUGUAAGUUUACGAAAGUGCAUUGAAAGUCUAAUAACCCGAAUAACUUGCAGAUAAUCAAAUGCAAAACCAACCGAUGAACUAUGAUGAAGUCGGUCAAGAAGAGCAGGUUAGAGAUCCGAAAGCUCAAUCGAAGAGACCGAUCAAAAAAGUGUCGCUGAUGCAUACGAACACUUCGUGCGUCAACUGCGGCACCCGGGACACCACACUGUGGAGGAGAAGCGAUAAGGGAGAGGCGGAGUGCAAGUGAGUUUCGUUCCGAUCCCAUUCCUCUUUUCAUAUCGAUCGUUUUCAGUCCGUGCAAUCUGUACUUCCGCACAAAGGGAGUCAAGAGACCGCAAAGUCUGUGGAACAAGCCGACGCUCGGAAGGAAGCGCCGUCCGGUCGCUGUUAUUGUUUCGAACGGAGAGGAUCAGUGA